AUGAGCAGCGAGGACGCGGCCACGCGCGCCGAAGUCGCGGCCAAGCUGUGCGCAGCCAAGCGCAAGCAAGCUACAACGGGCGGCCGCAAGCUGCUGCGCUGGGACGCUGCGCGGUGGCAGCUGUUCGAGCGCACGCCGCCGUACACGACGCGCCUCAAGAGCGCGCCCCUUUUGCCCAUGCGCGCCCCGCUCUCGUCCGUCUACGAGAUCCACUUUUCGAGUCGAAAGAGUCACGUGCCGUCGGUCGCGAUGGAGCAACUGAUUGUUGACACGCGCUCGGGCUCCGUCGUGAAUGUGGGGCUCGUGAUUGAUGCGACGGGGAGCGACACGUUUCUGCACGAUGUCAAGGAGUGGGACGACUGGGAUGUUCAGUAUGUCAAGCUGAAGGUUGAUGGGAGUGAAGACGAGAAAAUUGGUCGAGAAGUGCAUGACGACAAGAUGGCUCAAGCGUUUCGCAAGACGGUAGUCAGUCACUUGGAGGGCGAGAGAAAAGACAUGGACGUGGCUGUGUUUGGGAUUGAUGGCUACAACUUUGUGGGGUUUCUUAUUGUGAGCUUUUUGGUUGAACAUUGCGGUCUGAACCUUGACGCUGCGGUUAAAGAUUUCGCGGUCUCGACUCCGCCUGGAAUCUACUCGAGGCAUUACUUGACGCAACUGUAUCGCAAGUACUUUAGCACGCUGUCGUCUGAGUUGACACAACUGAUAGUUCCUGCUCCUCCACGAUGGGAAAAUGAAGAAGUCCGGAAGCGCGAGAGUGAAUUACCCGUUGGCAUUGAUGUUGUAACGGAUCAGGAUCGUGAGAACAAGUUUGUGCGAACAGAAAAAGCUACCAUCGUUAGUGCUGUUUCUACGAGAGAUGCGCCGGUUGAGAGUGGACGGUCAACAACGCCUAGUAGUGUUCCUGGUGCCCCGGUGUACAGAGCACCUAUGUACAUUCCACCGGACCGUCAACAACAGCGUUCGACGAAACGCCGGAAAGUCCGCUCGUGGAUAGAUGAAGUGGAACCUCUGACGUAUGGUGAGACACUUGCAACAUCAUCGGCGGAGCAUGAGCAAGUGAUUAAGUCGUUAAGGAAGCUUACUGGUGUUGAAGGAUUUCCUGGAUGCGAGACAAUUCCUUUUACAGCAACGCACGUCGCAGAAGGAGCUUAUAAACGCAAGGGUGCUUUGACGAAAGCGUAUCUUGUUACGUGGCGAGCACGGGGCCGUCGCUGUCUUCUCUACGUGGCGAGCGUGGGGAUCUACGUCGUGUCGCGCGACAUGACCUUUACGAAGGUAAACAUGAAGUUUCCGCGACGAAGAGCAACGAACGAGUGCCAAGUGAACACGUUGAUUGAUGGGCUUAUUGUAGAAGAUCGGGAUCAUGGCACAAAGGUGGCUCGAUAUCUGGCGUUCGACGUCAUUUUUCUGGAAGGCGUGCCAACUUGGCAGAAAAAGUUGGAGAAGCGGUUACAGUGUUUACAGAACGAGAUCAUUGUGCCACGCAAAAAUGACAAGUCGUUUGAUUACACGAAGGAACCUUUUCGUGUGCGUAUGAAAGAUCACUUUCGUCUUGGCAAGACGGAGUACAUGCUGACAAAGUUUGCAAAGAGCGUGACGCACGAGGUGGACGGUGUCAUUUACACCCCUUCGGAGGCUCCGUAUAAUCUCGGCGGUUUCGAGUGUGAAGAGCCAAUUUUUAAGUUCGUUGCUAGCGAAGGCGGAGGCAUUCCUGGUUUAGAUGGAAGCAUUUCAGAGCAGCGACUGCUUCAGUACAUUGACUCUAUCCCGAGUUGA